UUCACGGAGGAUCAAAAGGACAGUCCUUCGGAGCUGGCGUUCAAGUACGCCAUCUACAAGAUCAACAAGGACAAAACUCUGUUGGCGAACACGACGUUGGUCUACGACAUACAAUACGUUCCUAAGGACGAUUCUUUCCGAACGUCGAAAAAGGCGUGCAAGCAGCUGUCCAGAUCGGUUCAAGGGAUUUUCGGCCCGUCUGAUCCUCUUCUGGGCGCCCACAUCCAGAGUAUCUGCGAAGCUCUCGACGUCCCGCAUCUGGAGGCUAGAGUCGACUUCGAGCCAACGUUCAAAGAGUUCAGCAUAAACCUCUAUCCCUCGCAGGACCAUUUGAACAAAGCCUUCAAAGAUCUCAUGUCGUUUUUAAAUUGGACCCGGGUGGCCAUCAUUUACGAGGAAGAUUACGGUCUGUUUAAGCUGCAGGAUCUGGUGAAGUCGCCGCCCUCCUCGAGAACGGAGAUGUACAUUCGCCAGGCAGGACCUGGUUCUUAUAGGCAGGUUCUUCGGGAAGUCAGACACAAGGAGAUCUACAAAUUGAUCGUCGACACGGAUCCCGCGCACAUGCAACAAUUUUUUCGAGCGAUCCUCCAGCUGCAAAUGAACGAUUACAGAUACCACUACAUGUUCACCACGUUCGACAUAGAGACGUUCGAUCUGGAGGAUUUCAAGUACAACAGCGUGAACAUGACUGCGUUCCGUCUGGUGGACCUGGAGGAACCGAAGGUGGCCGAAGUUCUACGGCAGAUGGAACGUUUCCAGCCGAUUGGCCACGCGAUUCUCAACAAAACCGGAGUUAUCCAGGCAGAACCAGCUUUGGUGUACGACAGCGUGCAGGUUUUCGCGCACGGUUUGGCGGCGUUGGAUCGCAGCCACGACCUCAGGCCUGCCAAUUUAUCGUGCGAGAAAGAAGAGCCCUGGGACGACGGUCUCUCCCUUUACAACUACAUUAACGCCGCAGGUUUACACGGCCUAACCGGACAUAUCGAGUUCAACGAAGGGAAGCGCAACAACUUCAAGCUCGAUCUACUGAAGUUGAAGAAAGAGGAGCUGGUGAAGGUGGGCGAGUGGAAGCCUGGAACCGGCGUUAACGUGACAGACGUUGGUGCUUUUUACGAGACCAGUGCCACUAAUAUCACCUUGGUCGUUAUGACGAGAGAGGAGAAACCGUACGUCAUGGUGAAGGAAGACAAAAAUCUGACGGGGAACGCGAGGUUCGAGGGGUUCUGCAUCGAUUUGCUCAAGUGGAUCGCGGGACAAGUCGGCUUUCAAUACGCCAUACGACUGGUGCCUGAUCACAUGUACGGUGUUUACGACCCGAAAACCAAGGAAUGGAACGGCAUCGUUAGAGAACUCAUGGAAAAGAGAGCAGACCUGGCUGUUGCGUCUAUGACGAUUAAUUACGCUCGGGAGAGCGUAAUAGAUUUCACCAAGCCGUUCAUGAACCUCGGUAUCGGAAUUCUGUUUAAGGUUUCCGGGCGAAUGCCAUCGAGGCUGUUCUCGUUCAUGAAUCCCCUCGCCGUGGAGAUUUGGUUAUCCAUGCUGGGCGCUUACGUGAUGGUCUCCAUAACGAUUUGGAUAGUGGCGAGAUUCUCGCCUUACGAAUGGGUCGAACCGACACCCUGCCCGAGCUGCAAAUGCCCGCUACAGGGUGGUCACGUGAGCGCGUUGGAUCCUGACAGCGACGACAUUCCUCUACCGAGAACGGUCAACGAGUUUACCCUGGCCAACAGCUUCUGGUUUACGGUCGGCACGCUUAUGCAACAGGGCAGCGACCUCAACCCCAAGGCAACCAGCACGAGAAUCGUCGGUGGAAUCUGGUGGUUCUUCACGUUGAUCAUCAUCUCCUCUUACACGGCCAACUUGGCCGCGUUCCUCACCGUCGAGAGAAUGAUCACGCCGAUCGAGAACGCGGCCGAUCUCGCGGAACAAACACAAAUCUCCUACGGAACUCUCGAAGGCGGAAGCACGAUGACAUUUUUCAGAGAUUCAAAGAUCGGGAUAUACAAGAAGAUGUGGGAGUUCAUGGAGACGAAAUCGCCAUCGGUGUUCGUGAAGAGCUACGAAGAUGGUGUGAAAAGGGUACUUGAGGGCGAUUACGCCUUUCUAAUGGAAUCCACCAUGCUCGAUUACGCUGUACAACGCGAUUGCAAUCUCACGCAAAUUGGCGGCCUGUUAGACAGUAAAGGCUACGGAAUUGCCACCCCGAAAGGCUCGCCCUGGAGGGACAAAAUAUCGCUGGCGAUUCUCGAGCUGCAGGAGAAGGGCGUGAUACAAAUUCUGUACGACAAGUGGUGGAAGAACACCGGCGACGUGUGCAACAGGGACGAAAAGAGCAAGGAGAACAAGGCGAACGCGCUCGGAGUGGAGAAUAUCGGUGGCGUCUUUGUCGUGCUGGUUUGCGGACUGGCGUUGGCUAUCCUCGUCGCGGUCCUCGAGUUCUGCUGGAACUCCAAGAAGAACGCCCAAUCGGACAGGUCCUUGUGCGCCGAGAUGGCCUCGGAAUUGCGGUUCGCCAUGCGGUGCGGCUCGCGGCAGAGACCAACCGCGAAGGCGCGCAAUUCCGACGCCGCGGUGCCCUGCGACCGUUGCAGCCCGCGUGCCACCAGGAGGAGAACGCGAUAUUGCUCGACUGGCCACGAGGAGACCACCUACAUUCCGAGCAUCGAGAUACCACGGUUAAAUGCAGGAGGGUGGUGCGUUGUCGAUGACGGAGAUGAAGAAAUCAUUGAGCUUCGAUCAAGUGGCAGCGGCCCGUGGCGGGAACACCUAGCACAGGCCUCAUCCUCAUCUUCAUCCUCAGCAGCAGCAACAGCAACAACAGCAACCGCCACCGUGCAAAGCCACGCCCACGCACACACGUCACACACACUGCCACUCACAUUCACACAGCCACAGUCACAGUCAUACGCACAAGCACCAACCACCCCCACCGAGGCGGAGACGGGGCUCCUCAAGCAUCGUCUUGGGACAAGGAGGUGACCAUCCUGAGAGUAUUCUCUGGAGAUUCGACUGCGACCUGGCGGGUGAGCCAGACGUGGUGAUAUCGCCGCCACCGCCACCACCACCACCCUCGGCGGCUGUGUCGAGAACCACGACCCUUUGACCA